CCGUCUUCUUAGGGUUUUAGGAUACAGUGCUUCUGUUUUCUUCCUCUCUUCCAGGAGAAAAAAUUUGAAAUCGCGUCGAAGAAAAUGGCGGCAACUUCUAGGGUUUUCGGAGCUUGCAGGACUCUGAUGGCGAAGGCGGCGUCUUCUUCAGCCACCUCCACCGGCGCCGGAAGUGCUAAAGAAGGAAAAGGUAUACUGAAAGCGGUUCCUGUUUCGCAGCAGCUCGCUAGCUUCCUCGGCACCAACGAAGCUUCUCGUACCACAGCCGUGAAGAAAAUCUGGGAGCACAUCAAGCUUCACAACCUCCAGAAUCCGGCAAACAAGAGGGAGAUAAACUGCGAUGAGAAGUUGAAGACGAUUUUUGAGGGGAAAGACAAGGUCGGGUUCUUGGAGAUUGCGAAGCUGUUGUCUCGACAUUUUCCUAAAUCCGGCUGAUCCACGUUUCUUUAUUCUCGAAACGCUUUCUGCAUUUCCCGCUAUCGUGUUCGUCUACGGCUUGGCUUUUCAUCCAGCCAGAAAACCUUUUUCUGUUAGUCUUUUAAAUGUAUAUGAAAUUUGGGAUCGAUUGAAACAUUGGAUGCAUUUUGUUUUGGACUCUUGACUGAUCUAUUGUGUGAAAUUUAUGUCA